CUGACACCCCUGAAACAUAAUGGUACAGCCCAGAUCACUGUUGACCUUUGCCCUCUGAGCCCGCCAUUUUCUAAGAUCAGUCUCGUCGAAGCAGCCAAAACGACGUGUUUACGGCGGUUCUUCCGUUCGUAUGAUCUCCAGAAGCAGAAAUAGCCAUGGCCCAGGAUGUGACCCCUGACUCCAAACCCCUGGGUCUGUCCCAGGGUGUGACCUUGACCCCUGACUCCCGACCCCUGGGUCUGUCCCAGGACAUGACCUUGACCCCUGACUCCCGACCCCUGGGUCUGUCCCAGGACGUGACCUUGGCAGUUCUCCCCAGACUGUACAUGGAGGAAGUGGUGUCUGAACUGGGCAGGAGAAACAUCAGCACCGGGGACGUCCACAACAAGGAGCUGCUGGUGGCUGUGCUCAGGGUCGUCUUGGAGAAGGAAUACUGUGGGACAGGGGUGACGUUUGAAAAGGCGAUCAUUGUUGAUCCAAAGUCAAGUCAAGGGAAAACAAUGUCAGCGACGUUGUGUGGACAGAAACAGAGUCUUGGAUCAGGUGCUGAAUCUGGAAAAGCGACAUCACAAUCCCAAGAGUCAGCUACCACAGCACAUCCUCAUGAACCAAACAAACAACCUGUUCAACAACAGACUGCCCCUACCACAGCACCUGUACCCGAUAGAAAGGGUACCAGCAGUACCCCAGCACCUGCACCUACUAGUAUUCAACAAUGCGCCACCCCUACCCCAGCAUCUGCACCUGACCAACAAUGCACCACCCCAGAACCUUCAUCUGUCCAACAGGAUCACCCCUACCACAACACCUACCAAAGGGUCACCCCUAACCCAGGACCUGCCCCAGUCCAACAGUGUACCAACCCUACUACAACACCUGCACCUGACCAACAAUGCACCACCCCUACACCCACACCUGCACCUGAACAUCGAUGGACCACCCUCUCCCCAACACAAAUGGGAGGAACUAACCAAGGUGGCACCAAGCAGCUAAAAAAAUGUCCUCAUUGUGAGUACACAUCAGAGGAUUCUUCUAACUUCAGAGAGCAUGUCUUCAGACACUCCGGAUCCAACAACGAGAAACCAUUCAAGUGUUCUCACUGUGACUAUGCCUCAAAAACAAAACCUGGCCUUCAAAUUCACAUCCGUGUCCACCACACAGGAGAGAAGCCCUACCGUUGCAAGACUUGCGGUUUCAGAACAGCUUACCACACUUCCUUAAGAGACCACUUGAAAACCCACACAGGAGAGAAACCGUUCCUGUGUGAGAUGUGCGGAUACAGAUGUGCUCUAGCUUCUUAUCUACGCCAACACAUCUCUACAGUUCACUUAAAAGAGCCACUCAAGUGUCACAUCUGUGGAUAUGUGGCAAAUCAAGCUUCCUUUUGGAAAAGCACAUGAAAACCCACACUGAAGAGUCACCACGCACAUACAGGUGUGACUUUGCACGCUGCAAAUAUAAGACAACAACACAGAAACUUCUGAAGAGGCAUCAGAAGAGACACAUGAAAGAGAAACCAUUUGCCUGUGAUCAGUGUACUUUCAAAACCCACAAAAAGUACUAUUUGAAUAAACACAUGAAAAGGCAUACUGGUGAAAAAAAACUCCAUGCCUGUGACCAGUGUGACUACAGAUCAGCAAAUUCAAUCAACCUAUUGCAACAUAAGUUAAAACACACAGGAGAGAAAACCUGGCCAUGUGACUCCUGUGGAUACGAAUGUUUUUCUGAAGCCCAUUUAGAGAAGCACGAGAAACAACACAGUCGUCAACAGGAGGUACUUACUUGCAAAGAGAGCAACUACAGAACAUUUACGUUCUUUCGAAUGAAAAUGCACAAGAGAGUCCAUACUGAUGAGAGGCCGUACGCCUGUGACCAGUGUGACUACAAAGCAAAAGAGCAAUCAACUUUGAGGUUACAUAAGAGUACACACAGUUCAGAAAAGCCAUUCAAAUGUCCACAUUGUGACCAUUGUUUCAAGAGAAAAUCUGAUCUCCAG